AUGCAGAAAUUCCAAGCCUUCACAAAAGUAGAUGUAAGAGCUGGCCAAACGGAGUGUCAGCCAACACCAGGCUGCAUGCUGAUUGACACAGACAGACAUGGUCCCCGGUCACAUGCUAGGUGUGAGAGCCUUAACCUUGCAGCAACCAGGACUCGGGUGCAUUUCCUAAGAAAGAGCCUCUACGUGGCCUUAACCAUCACUGGGUUUUAUUACAUCUAUUCCUCCAGGAGGCCACGAUCACUGUCAAGAGAAGACGCCAUUUUUGAGGAAGCCUCCACUGCCAUUAGGAAGGAAAUUCCCCAGUACCAUCCAGAAUGGAAAGUGUGUCAGGCUGACAGCCAGCUUCUGCCCUCCACCUCAACUUCUUACUUCCUCAUCAAGAUCCCUUCCAAACUGUUCUCCCUCUUUCCUAAAAUUCUAAUCCCUUCCCCUCUCUGUUCAAAUAUUCUCAAAUACUGGCUACCCAUAAGAGACUACAGCAAACGAGUCUAUCAAGGAGUGAGAGUGAAACACACGGUCAAAGAUCUACUGGCAGAAAAACGGUCCAGGCAGACAAGUAAUUCAAGAUUUAACGGCAGUGUCAGCUCCUCUCAGUCUCCGUUUGUCCAGAUGCCAGGCUCGCCAGUCACCUCAGGUUACUAUGGUGUCCGAAGAUCCUUCCUAUCUGACUCAGACUUCCACGGCACUAAACAGUUUGCAAGCGACAUGGGCAGCUCCAGCGUGAAGCCCUUUCCCUGUGAGUCCUCUGCAGGGCCAAGCCACCCAGCCCUGCUGGAUCCCUACUUCUCAGAGCCCUACAAUGACCACCGGCCUGCCACCCUGACCCCCACCCCCAGCUCCCUGUUCAGCGCCUCGCCCCUGCCACCGCUCCUGCCGCCCUUCCCCAGCGACUCUGCGCACUUUGUGAUGAGGGACUCCUGGGAGCAGACAGUGCCCGAUGGGCUCAGCCAGCCGGACCCGGUGUCAGCUGACAGCCUGCAGACCUUGUCACCAAGCACGAGUUGCCUAUCCCAGGUGGAGUCGGGGAGCACAGGCCAGCACCGGAGCUCUAGCUGGGGCCCCCCACUAGCUGGGGCUCCGUCCUACUCAGUGCAUACACUGGAGGAGCUGUACCACACGCCAGGGUACCCGGCCCCAGCCCCCUACCCCUUCACCCCUUUCAUGGCCAUGUCCAAUGAGCUGCCAUCCAAGGUGCUGCCCCUUGCCCCUGACGAGGCCACAGAUGCCUCCGCCCUUCCAGAACCUUCCCCAUGGAGCAGAGAAGAUGGGAGCAUGUCCUGGGGGACAUUCGAGUGCCGCAGAGCUUACUGA